CGUCGCGGGCUUGCGGGGCAGGGCGCGGGGAGCCGUUCGGGCUUGCGGGGGGGUCCCCGAGGAGGGACGGCUCUGAGAGGCGGCUAGCUUGUGGAGUAACGGAUAGGAGGAGCUCCGGCCCUGGUUCGGGGCUGCUCGCACACCGGCCGCGCAGCGAGGAGGGUCAGUUGCGAGCGUUAUGCGGGCGCAGAAGGGUCCCGAAGACGAAGGAAACCCGGUUGGCGCCGCGAGCCAAGAGUAGGCCGGCAUGGGGCCGGGGGCGCGGGCAGCGCCGCCCCGGGGGCGCGCUGUGUGAGCCCCGGGCCCGAGCCCGAAGCCGCCUGCUGUCCGCGCCCAGAGGCCAAGCCCUGCCCACGAUGAGCUGCUGGUUGUCGUGCGCUCCUCGGAACAGACAGGCGGCAGAUUGGAACAAGUAUGAUGACCGAUUGAUGAAAGCAGCAGAAAGAGGAGAUGUAGAAAAGGUGUCCUCAAUCCUGGCUAAAAAGGGCGUCAGUCCGGGCAAACUAGACGUGGAAGGCAGGUCUGCCUUUCAUGUUGUGGCCUCAAAGGGAAAUCUCGAGUGUCUGAAUGCCAUCCUCAUUCAUGGAGUUGACAUCACAACCAGCGACACCGCAGGGAGGAACGCUCUCCACCUGGCUGCAAAGUACGGGCACGCGUUGUGUCUGCAGAAACUUCUGCAGUACAAUUGCCCCACCGAACGCGUUGACCUGCAAGGAAGAACCGCACUUCAUGACGCAGCUAUGGCGGACUGCCCUUCCAGCAUACAGCUGCUGUGCGACCACGGGGCCUCGGUGCAUGCCAAAGACGUGGAUGGGCGGACACCACUUGUUCUGGCUACUCAGAUGUGCAGGCCAACCAUAUGUCAGCUGCUGAUCGACAGAGGGGCGGAUGUGAAUUCCAGGGACAAACAGAACAGGACCGCUCUCAUGCUAGGUUGCGAGUAUGGUUGCAAAGACGCAGUCGAAGUCUUACUUAAAAAUGGUGCUGAUGUAACCUUGCUGGAUGCCCUUGGCCACGACAGUUCUUACUACGCAAGAAUUGGGGACAACCUGGACAUCCUAACCUUACUGAAGACUGCAUCGGAAAAUACCAGCAGAGGGAGAGAACUUUGGAAGAAAGGACCAUCUUUACAACAGCGAAAUUUGACGCAGAUGGUAGAUGAAGUAAACGUCAGGUCAAAUCAGAGGGAGCACCAAAACCUCCAGGAUCUGGAGACUGAAAAUGAAGAUCUGAAAGAGAGACUGAGAAAAAUUCAGCAAGAGCAGAGAAUAUUGUUGGAUAAAGUCAACGGGUUACAGCUGCAGCUGAAUGAGGAAGUCAUGGUUGCUGAUGAUUUGGAAAGUGAGAAAGAAAAGCUGAAGUCCCUUUUGACAGCUAAAGAAAAGCAACACGAAGAAAGCCUACGAACGAUUGAGGCUCUGAGAAGCAGAUUUAAGCAUUUUGAGAGCGAUCAUUUAGGAUCAGGAAGUCACUUCAGUAGCCGAAAAGAAGAUAUGCUUCUUAAACAAGGUCAAAUGUACAUGACAGACUCACAGUGUGCCUCCCCAGGCGUGCCAGUCCACAUGCAGAGCAGGUCUAUGUUAAGACCCCUGGAGCUCUCCUUGCCCAAUCAAACCUCAUACUCGGAAAGUGAAAUUUUAAAAAAAGAGUUGGAAGCAAUGAGAACUUUCUGUGAUUCAGCCAAACAGGACCGACUCAAGCUUCAAAACGAACUGGCUCACAAGGUGGCGGAGUGCAAAGCCUUGGCGCUGGAGUGUGAGAGGGUCAAGGAGGAUUCAGAUGAGCAGAUAAAGCAGCUGGAAGACGCCUUGAAAGACGUGCAGAGGAGAAUGUAUGAGUCGGAAGGCAAAGUGAAGCAAAUGCAGACACAUUUUCUUGCCCUGAAGGAGCACCUCACAAGUGAAGCAGCGGCCGGGAACCACAGGCUCACGGAGGAGCUGAAGGACCAGCUGAAGGACAUGAAAGCGAAAUACGAAGGCGCGACUGCAGAGGUGGGCAGAUUGAGAGAGCAGGUCAGACAGAGCGAGGCGCUCGUCGAGGGCUUUAGGAGGGACGAAGGCAGGCUGGCGGGCGAGAGCAGGCGGCUGCAGGAGGAGGUGAGCAGGUGCCACGCAGAGCGGGAGCAGCGCGGGAGGGAGGCUGCUGAGCUGGAGGGCCGGCUCAGGGAGCUGUCGGCCCAGCUGGCCCUGGCCAUCCCUGCCGAGAAGUUUGAAAGCAUGAAGAGCCUGUUGUCGAGUGAAGUGAGCGAGAAGGCGAAAAAACUAGCGGAGGUGGAAAGAGAGUACGAAAGAUCACUCAGCGAAAUCCGACAGUUAAAGAGAGAGCUUGAGAGCUUACGGGCCAGACUGGCCCAGCACGUUCAGGCCGAGGAGCAUGGGCCGCUUAGGAGCAGGCUGGAGCCGAAGUCAGCAGAACUUGGGAAGAAGGUCACUGAGUUAACAUCGAAAAAUCAGACGUUACAGAAGGAAAUCGAAAAGCUUUGUCUGGAUAAUAAGCUCCUCACCCAGCAGGUGCACAGCCUGACAGCGGAAGUGAAAGAUCAUUACGUUCCUUUGAAAGUAAGUGAAGAGAUGAAAAAGUCACAUGAUGCACUUGUUGGUGAUUUGAAUAAAAAGCUUUCAGAUGUGACACAGAAAUACACAGAAAAGAAGUUGGAAAUGGAGAAACUGCUGAUGGAAAACGCCAGUUUAAGUAAGAAUGUUAGCCGCCUGGAAACUGUGUUUGUGCCUCCUGAGAAACACGAAAAAGAGAUCGUGGCUCUGAAAUCCACUAUUGUUGAACUUAAGAAACAGCUGUCUGAACUUAAUAAAAAAUGUGGUGAAGACAAAGAGAAAAUACAUUUGCUCAUUUCCGAGAACACUAACUUGAAACAGACCGUGAGCCGUCAGCACGUGCCAGUGGAAACCCAUGAAGAGGUUAAAACCGCGCUGAGUAGCACGUUGGACAAAACCAACCGAGAAUUAGCAGACACAAAGAAGAAAUGUGAAGAUAUAAAUCAGGGAUUUGUGAAAAUAAAAGAGGAGAACAAAGAAUUAAAAAGAAACCUGGAGAACACUCAGAACCAAAUAAAAGCGGAGUACAUCAGCCUGAAGGAGCACGAGGAACAGAUGAGCGCCGUGAGGAAGAGCAUGCAGAAGGCGCAGGACCGCGGCGCCGAAGCGCUGGCCAGCUACCAGCGGGGCCAGGAGGAGAUCGCCACGCUGCACGCCGAGAUUGCGGCCCAGAGACGGGAGCUCGACACCAUCCAGGAGUGCAUUAAGCUGAAAUACACCCCAAUCACCAGCCUUGAAGAGUGUGAGAGAAAGUUCAAAGCCACAGAGAAAGAACUAAAAGAACAGCUGUCGGCGCAGACGCAGAAGUGGAACGCCAGCGAGGCAGAGGCCACGCAGCGCAAGCGGGAGAACGAGCAGCUGAAGACCGAGCUCCGCGCUUUGCAGAAGGAUGUGCGGGAUAGGAGCGCUGCCGCCGAGAAGGCCCAGCAGGCGGAGAGGGUGCUGAGCAGGCGAACAGAGGAGCUGAACAGGCAGGUGAGCGACCUGCUGCAGAAGUACACAGAGGCAAAGAGCGAGAAGGAGAAGCUGGCGGAGGAGAACGCCAAGCAGACUUCGGAGAUCCUCGCUGCACAAACUCGUCUGCAGAAACAGCACGUCCCGCUGGAACAGGUUGAGGCCCUGAAGAAAUCUCUUAACGGCACCAUCGAGGCGCUCCGGGAGGAGCUGAGGGCUAAGCAGAGGUGCUACGAGACGGAGCAGCAGGCAGUCGCCCAGCUGCAGCAGAUGCUGGAGAAUCAAAAGAACGCCUCUGUGCCCCUGGCAGAGCACCUGCAGAUGAAGGAGGCAUUUGAGAAGGAAGCUGGGGUCAUCAAAGCCAGCUUGAGGGAGAAGGAAGAAGAAAGCCGGAACAAAACUGAAGAGGUCUCCAAACUCCAGGCUGAGAUUCAGAGCACUAAGCGAGCACUGAGAACAUUGGAGACGAGAGAGGUGGUUGAUCUGUCUAAAUACAAAGCAACGAAAAGUGAUUUGGAGACGCAGGUUUCCAGCUUAAAUGAGAAACUGGCCAACCUGAAUCAGAGGUACGAGGAGGCGUGUGAGGAGGCUCUGCGUGCCAAAAAGAAGGAACGGUCUGCAAAGAGUGACAAGGAGUUGCUCCAUUUCAGCAUCGAGCAAGAAAUCAAGGACCAGCAGGAGCGGUGCGACAAGUCCUUAACAACCAUCACAGAGCUGCAGAGCAGAAUACAGGAGUCCGCCAAGCAGAUCGAGGCCAAAGAUAACAAGAUAACUGAACUGCUUAAUGACGUGGAAAGACUGAAGCAGGCGCUCGGCGGCCUCCCCCAGCUCACCUGCGCGGACGGGAGCCCCAGUAAGAGGCAGAGUCAGCUGGUCGACUCUCUGCAGCACCAGGUCAAGUGCCUGCAGCAGCAGCUGGCGGAUGCCGCCAGACAGCACCAAGAAGUGGUCGCCAUUUAUCGGACUCACCUUCUCAGUGCUGCGCAGGGCCACAUGGACGAAGACGUGCAGGCGGCCUUGCUGCAGAUCAUACAGAUGCGGCAGGGGCUCGUGUGCUAGCGGCGGCGCGGCGGCCGGGGGUGGCCCUCCCUGCGGUGCUGAGCGUCCUGUGUGCAACGCCCCGGCCUCUCUGGGCCCCACUGUGCUAGUGUAAUUAAAAUAAAGUCUAUUUUGAUCCAUCA